AUGGCACGGAUGCUACUGGAAUGCAGUCUCAGUGACAAGUUGUGUGUUGUCCAGGGGGAACAGUAUGCGGUUAUCAUUGUCCCGACCCUCCUGGUUGGGGCCUUCCUCAUCCUUCUUGGGGUCAUCCUGUGGCUUUUUAUCAGAGGACAAAGAUCCCAACAACAGACUUCUGGACUCCAAGGCAUAAGCCCCACGCCUCCAUCUAGGGACCUCAGCUGUAAAGCAGCAGGACUUGGAGGAAAUGUGUUCUUGCCACUUGAGACAUCGGUGGAAAGCCUUCUACGAGCCACCACACCUGCCUUAGCUAAGUUGCAGGUGCCCCGGGAGCAACUCUCUGAUGUUCUGGAGCAGAUCCACAAUGGUAAUUGUGGAGCCAUCUAUCGAGCCAAGAUGCACUCUGGGGACCCCAGGAAGUCCAAGAGUGUUGUAGUCAAGGCUCUAAGAGAACCAGCUGGGCUCCGUGAGGUACAGGAUUUCUUAGGGCAAAUCCAAUUCCGUCAGUAUCUGGGGAAGCACAAGAACCUGGUGCAGCUGGAAGGUUGCUGCACAGAAGGGCUGCCGCUCUACAUGGUGUUGGAAGAUGUGGCCCAGGGAGACCUGCUCAGCUUUCUCUGGACCUGUCGCCGGGAUGUGAUGAACAUGGAUGGCCUUCUCUAUGAUCUCACAGAAAAACAAGUAUAUCACAUUGGGAAGCAAGUCCUUUCGGCUCUGGAAUUCCUCCAGGAUAAACAACUAUUCCACGGGGAUGUGGCAGCCAGGAAUAUUCUGAUCCAGGGUGAUCUCACUGCCAAGCUCUGUGGCCUGGGCCUGGCCUAUGAAGUCCAUGCCCGAGGGGCCAUCUCCUCUGCUCAUACCGUACCUCUCAAGUGGCUUGCCCCAGAACGGCUUCUCCUGAGACCUGCUAGCAUCAGAGGAGAUAUCUGGUCCUUUGGGAUCCUCCUCUAUGAGAUGGUGACUUUAGGGGCCCCACCGUAUCCUGAAGUCCCUCCUACCAGAAUCCUACAGCACCUGCAGAGAAGGAAAAUCAUGAAGAGACCCAGUACCUGCACACACACCAUGUAUAAUCUUAUGAAGUCCUGCUGGCACUGGAGUGAGGACAGCCGUCCUUCACCUAGAAAGCUACGCUCGCGUCUAGAAGCUGCUGCUCGAACUGCAAGUGACAAGGCUGUGUUGCAAGUACCAGAGUUAGUGGUGCCUGAACUGUACGCAGCUGUGGCUGGCAUCAGUGUGGAGAGCCUCCCCACGGCCACACUACCCUCUGAGGACCCCCAGGCAAGAAACGUUUAUGUGUGA